AUGGACUUCCACCUCGUGCCUCGAGGCACAGACCGGAACUACACAGGAUUCCUGACCAAGACAAUAGUCUACUCAGGGACGCUUGUUUUCUUCCUGGCAUCCUUUGCCUUGACCUUAAGCUCCAUAAUUAUCCCUAGAUGGGUCAGCUAUCACAGCGAGAAGCCUGCGCACCACUAUUCCUACGGCCUCCAUAAACGCUGCUCCUCCCUCAAUAAUACCUGCGAGAGCUUCCCUCAACGCGAAGACUGCCAUGGCGACGAUCGAUACUUUUGCUCCAUGUGGCGCUCCGUGGGGUUCCUGAUGUCCUUUGCUGUCGUGCUACAAGGCAUGAGCAUAGUGACGUACAUUGUGAUUCUCAUGGGCGGAAAACGGCUGCGUGAGAAUGGAUGGAGGCUGCUCAGUCUUCUGAUCGUGAUGUCGGCGCUUCUGCAGGCUGCGAGCAUGUCUAUCGUGGCUUACCUCUACGACAACGAAGAUCGAUUCUUCGUGGGCUGGAACCUCGACGAGUCGUGGGUGUUUUGUGUCGUCAGCUGGUGCCUCGGUAUUUUCUGCGCUGGCGCGAUCGUUGUCGCGGCUCAGAUUCUACCCUCGGAGGGUGGUUAUGAGCUGAUCCCAGAUCAUGACGCACUCAGAGUGACCUCUUAG